AUGCCGGAGAAAUCAGGACUGAAUUCUCCGAGGUCCUCCUCCAAGGCCUUCGCAUGGCUUUUCCGCCCCAGCCCUCUGCAUCAAUGGCGGUUCCACUUCCUGACCGCCAUGGUCUUCGUGAGCAUGGUGGUUGUUUGGAACAUCGACGGCUGUACUAUUAAGGGCUUCGUCGAAUCUUUGAGAUCCACCAAGCCACAGCUCAUCACAGCCGCAAAGUUUCGUCCCCAACCCACCGCGAAUCUAGCUCAAGAAAAUCCCCACCGGGAAAAUUUCACCACCGCCGACGCCGAUUUCACGCUCCCUGAUGCUCCUGCGAGUCCGAUUCUUCCUCUGGGCCGCGACGUGCUCAACGGCAGCAGUAAUGGCUCCGCCGCGAGCUCGCAGGAAGAUGGGUUGUUAGUACAGAUGCCGGCGCGAGUGGAAGAAGAGUCGAGCGGCGGCGAUGCGGAGUGGGUGACAGCGGAGCUCGAGGCUAAUUUCACUUCCGGGCUUCUCUCCCGGUGGCUGGCUCCCGGCGGGGAGGCAUGCAAAGAUUCACACACCGAGGAAAUCGCGAUUCCAGAUCUGGACGGGAAGAAGGGGAUUCUGGAGCUUACCGCCGGAGACUCACACGAGUUAAUUUUCCAGGCGGUGGACGAGUCCAAGAACCCUCGUUGCUCCGGCGGGGAUUACUUCGAAUCGGAUCUUUCAGGUCAGUCAUGGAAAUCUCGGCCUCUAGUCAAAGAUUUCGGGAACGGGAAUUACUCAAUUACCCUCCAAGUUCACCCCGAUUUCGCCGGAGAUUACGACCUCACUCUCAUCCUCCUCUACCGCCAUUUCGAGGGUCUAAAAUUCUCGCCGGGCAGAUUCGCCAUCGACAAAGAGCUCCGCAAGCUCCGAGUCAGAUUCACCGCCACAGGUAACAUCCAAUUACCGCAGUUAAAAGCUUGCUCGAAGUCCGAUUUCAGUAGAGAUUUAUGGGUUGGGAGAUGGACACGACAUGGUAAAAACGACGAUUGCAAGAUUAGUUACGACGGCCGGUACCGUUGUUUGCCCUCCGAUUUCCCCUGCCGGAACACUUGGUGUAGAGGUUCAUUGGGGGAAUUGGAAAGCAACGGCUGGGUUUACUCCACACACUGCUCUUUCAACCUCUACCAGCCCGAUUCGGGCUGGAAUUGCCUCAAGAACAGGUGGAUUUUCUUCUGGGGCGAUUCCAAUCAUGUGGACACAAUCAGGAACUUGCUCAACUUCGUGUUGAAUCUGCCCGAUGUGAAAUCCGUCCCACGAAGAUUCGAUCGGAACUUCACCAACCCCAACGACGCGUCUCAAUCGGUUCGUAUCACCAGCAUUUUCAACGGGCAUUGGAACGAGACACAGAACUACCAGGGUCUGAAUUCGUUGAGAAAUGAUGGAUUUAGGGACCUGCUGAAGAAGUACUUCACUGAAGAUACUGUGCCCGACACCGUGAUCAUGAACUCUGGACUCCACGAUGGGAUAUACUGGCCAAACUUGAGGCAAUUCGCCGGAGGAGCUGACUAUGCUGCUCGGUUCUGGGGCGAGGUGAUGGAUUCGGUGAGGCGGAGAGGGCUGGCUGCUCCGCGGGUCAUUUACAGGACGACGGUGACCACUGCUGGGGACGCGAGGAAGAUGGCGUUUAAUCCGAGCAAGAUGGAGGCGUUCAAUUGGGUGGUGCUGGACAAGUUCAGGAGGGCCGGGGUGAUGGACGGUGUGGUGGAUGACUUCGACAUGACGUUCCCUUGGCAUUUCGAUCACCGGUGCAGCGACGGAGUGCAUUACGGGAGAGCUCCGUUGAGAAUGAAGUGGAAGGACGGCGAGAUUGGGCACCAGUACUUUGUGGACAUAAUGCUGGCUCAUGUGUUGCUCAAUGUCCUAUGUGCGAGAUGA